UAUGGCUAGAACUUUUGGGGGUGAUCAGACAGAAGGAGUUACAAACAGAGUAGUUGGGACCUUUGGCUACAUGGCACCAGAGUAUGCUAUCGAUGGCCAGUUCUCGGUCAAAUCUGAUGUCUUUAGCUUUGGCAAUUUGAUUUUAGAGAUUGUAAGUGGCAAGAGAAAUAAAGGGUUUUAUAAUCCAAGUGACAACAUUAAUCUCAUAGGACAAGCAUGGAAUUUGUGGAAAGAAGGAAGGUCAUUAGAACUGAUUGAUGAAUGCUAUUGUGUCGAAUCAUGCAUGCUCUCGGAAGUGUUGCGUUGUAUCCAUGUCGCUCUCUUGUGUGUUCAACAGCUUCCUGAAGAUAGGCCUGCAAUGUCAUCUGUGCUUCUGAUGUUAGGUGAGAAGAAUGCUCUGCCUCAACCCAAAGAGCCAAGUUUCUUUUUAGGGAAACAUACAUGUGAAGCAAGCACUUCCUCUUUAACAAAACAAGAGACUUCUUCAACCAAUGACUUUACCAUAAGUCUUAUCCAUGCUCGAUAGGAUUCAGCCCAGUCCAGCUUCUGCAUGAAGGCAGCGGUGUUCGAGUCAAAUUUCUGGGCAAAGUCUCGGUUUGAGGUUGCUGGCAUGAAGGCAGCCGUUUGAGUCAAAUUUCUCGGCAAAGUCUUCUAUUAGAGAUGGCAUUGAUGAUUUCGGACCUGUUUUAUUUGGGUAUGGGUGAAUGUCGAUUUGAAAAAAAAAUUAUCUAGUUUAUUUUGUUCUUUGUAGAGAAACACUAAUCUUGUUUAUUUUGAAUGAACACAAGUUUGAGAAAAAAAUACACAAAUCUGGGUUUUGUAUUUUGAUGUAAUUUUCUGGGUUUGAGUUCGUGUUUUGGUGUUCAUGCCCACAAGUUCAUCAAUUUUUUUUUCUUAGA